UCGAACAUAUCACCAUCCUUUGCACAGCGCGCUACCAGGUAUACACUACGCCUAGACAUCUGCAAAUCUCGUGUUGGAGUUGGCAACACUACACAACCUUAGAACCACACCGUCAAGAUGGUAUCCAUCAAUAAGCCGAAGCGAAUUGUUCUUCGUUUUAGCGUUCAAUACGAGCGUGAGGAAGCGGCUAUAAUUGGACACUUCUUUGCACUGCACGGCCCUGAACCUCUAAAUAAAGAUUUCUUUUCUCACUUAAUGGCCCCCAACGAAUCUCCCAAGAUGCAUAUCGUUCUAGAUAUACACUGUAACUCACAUCCGGCAAUCGAUAAUAGCAUGAUAGCAUACGAAGUCUUCAAAGUAAGAAAGAACGGCAAUUUUAAAUUUGAAAGACUGGACGCUGCUGCAUGCGAAUAUGCUCGCGAGAGUUGCAAGUUACUUCGGAUCAAAUGGGGCACCAACCGGUCUUCAAUCUGAGGAAUUGUCCAUGCAUUGCAAAUAGGACACUUUCCAGCUACGUUCGUAUCUUGA